CAAAGAGUAAACUUCAAUCUCCAUACCACAACCAACUGUCGAUCACACGAUCGUCUUCUGGGAUCCUAAUAUCAUAUGUACAUGAACCAUAUGUCUUAAACUAUCAUUUGUGACAAGACUAUUUACAACUACCGAUCACGCAUCCACAUACGCGCCCAACACCAAAACACAACAAUAACUAUCAUGAGUCGACAAACACCUCGAAAGGCUCGCCAUAGCCGUCAGCCGUCAAACCGUAUCCCCGCAGUAUCAGAUUAUGAAUCCGAUGCCGCUGCCAUACAUGCCGAUUACGCGCCACCACCUCCACGCACAAACACCGAGCUUAACCUCUCCGUCCUCCAACGCUACCUCCCCUCCAUCCACACUAUUCUCAGCAUAGCCGCCAACGCUGUCAUUUACACAUUCAACAGUGCUUCAGAAAGCUGGGAGAAGUCAGGAGUUGAAGGAACAAUGUUUGUCUGUGCGCAGAGUCCACUCCCCGAGGACCCAGGCCAGCGACCACGAGCUUGCGUGUUUGUGCUCAACAGACGAGGACUUGACAAUGUGAUCGUGGACCUCUCACGGGUCACGCAUGCAGAGGUGUCUGGAGAGCUCGUUAUUAUGAAGGUCGAGGGCGAAUGGAAGGAGGGUGACAAGGUGCUUGGAGUGUGGAUUCACAACGAUAAGGACGAAACACGAGAAGUGAACGCUGCAAUAAUCCAGGAAGCUUGGAAGAUUGCGCGGUCGGCAGGUCCAGUUGAACCGCAGGGCCCCGAGGCUGGUCCAGCUAUGCAGGCAAUGGGUAAGAGGUUGAGUCUGAGUGAUCUAUUCGGGUCAGGAAAUGGUCUCAAUAUUGGACACUAGGUGUCGUCCAAGAUGCAUCAGAAACCUGAGGUUGAGGAAUCGAAGAUCGAGAAGUCUGAGGACUCUAAGAGAUCUAAGGAGUCAGGGGAGUCGAAAAGGCUCGAGAAGCGAGGGAAGCCAGCUAAGCCGAUGGAACGAGAGGCAUCUGAGGACUCUGAUACAGAAAAAAGCGAAUCUGAGAAGUCAGAGCCAGAGGAGUUGGAGCGGGAGAAGUUGGUGCCUGAAAUUCCAAAGUCUGAGAAGGCAGAGUCUCCAGGAUCAGAGUCCGAGGUUGACACAGAGUAGAGCUUCCAUGAUACAGGGAACUACUUUUCAGUUUUAGGGAAUAUGGAAAUAUGAUCAACCGCUUCAGCGUUGACAUGGUCAAGGGCUAGAGCAACCCCAAUAGUUAGCACUUGCACAGUUUUUGCCCAAAAAGGCAGGGCAUAAAAGCCCAAUAAUGUAGAAUUAUAGCGGUCUGCACACAAGCAU